AUGGCGGCGAAAUCCGAUGGCGGUGGCGUGGGGGUGGGCUUCGCCCAGCUGCACAACCUGGACGAGGCGGUGGGCAGCGGCGGCGAGGAGGACGGGGAGCCCGGGGGAGGCGGCUGCGGCGGCGGCGGCGACGGCAGCGAGCCCGGCGAGAGCAGCUCGCUGCACAUCUGCCACUGCUGCAACACUUCCUCGUGCUACUGGGGCUGCCGCUCCGCCUGCCUGCGCUCCCUCCUGGGCAAGAAGCCGCGCCGCAGCGCCGCCGCCGCCGACGGGGGGGACCAGCCGCUGCAGCCGCCCGGGGCCGCCGGCCGCCACCCCCCGACGCCCUCGGCCGAGCGGCCGCAGCCGCCGCAGGUGGAGCGGCCGUGGCUCGACUGCCUGUGGAUCGUGCUGGCGCUGCUAGUCUUCUUCGGGGACGUGGGCACCGACCUGUGGCUUGCCCUCGACUACUACCGCAAGGGGGACUACGUCUACUUCGGGCUGACCCUCUCUUUCGUGCUGGUGCCGUCCCUGUUGGUGCAGAGCCUGAGCUUCCGCUGGUUCGUGCAGGACUACACGGGCGGCGGGCUGGGCGCCGUGGAGGGGCUCAGCAGCCGGGGCCCCCCCAUGAUGGGGGCCGUCUACGGCCAUGGCGCGGGGGUCCCGGCCACGCCGGGGGCGCAGCGCCUCUGCCGCCUCUCCGUGUGGAUCUGGCUGUCGGUCAUCCACCUGCUGCAGAUGGGGCAGGUGUGGAGGUAUAUCCGCACCAUGUACCUGGGGAUUCAGAGCCAGCGGCAGAAGGAACACCAGCGACGCUUCUACUGGGCUAUGAUGUACGAAUAUGCAGACGUUAACAUGCUGCGCCUCCUGGAGACCUUCCUGGAAAGCGCCCCCCAACUGGUGCUACAGCUCUGCAUAAUGAUCCAGAAGAGCCGCGCUGAGACGCUGCCCUGUGUCUCCUCUGUGACUUCCCUGAUGUCCCUGGCUUGGGUGCUAGCCUCCUAUCACAAGCUGCUGCGGGACUCCAGGGACGACAAGAAGAGUAUGAGCUACAGAGGGGCCCUCAUCCACCUCUUCUGGCGCCUCUUCACCAUCUCAUCCAGAGUUCUCUCUUUUGCCCUCUUUGCUUCCAUCUUCCAGCUCUACUUCGGGAUCUUCGUGGUGGUUCACUGGUGUGCCAUGGCCUUCUGGAUCAUCCAUGGCGGAACAGACUUCUGCAUGUCCAAGUGGGAGGAGAUCCUCUUCAACAUGGUGGUAGGGAUCGUGUACAUUUUCUGCUGGUUUAACGUCAAGGAAGGGCGGACUCGAUAUCGAAUGUUUGCAUAUUAUACGAUAGUCUUGACCGAGAAUGCUGCCUUGACGUUCCUUUGGUAUUUUUACAGAGACCCGGAGACCACUGACUCCUUUGCGGUGCCAGCACUGUGUUGUGUCUUUAUUAGCUUUGUGGCUGGGAUUGCACUGAUGCUCUUAUAUUAUGGUGUGCUGCAUCCCACGGGGCCGCGAGUUAAGAUCUUGGCCAGCUCCUGUUGUGCCGAGCUGCUCUGGGGCAUCCCUUUGCCCCCCGAUGUUGAGCCCAUGGCGCCUCAGACCCCUGGGUACCGGGGGACCCAGGUCACGCCUACCAGAGCCGUAACGGAACAACAGGAGGAUCUCACGGCUGACACUUGCUUGCCCGUUUUCCAAGUGAGACCCAUGGGGCCCGCUACCCCGUUGGGGCGUCCUUACCUCCCAGAAGGGCCCCUCAUUAAGAUUGACAUGCCAAGAAAGAGAUACCCAGCUUGGGAUGCUCAUUUUGUAGACAGGAGAUUGAGAAGGACUAUUAACAUUCUGCAGUAUGUCACCCCCGCCGCGGUAGGCAUUCGGUAUCGCGAUGGACCGCUCCUUUACGAGUUGCUACAGUAUGAGUCUUCACUCUAA